AUGCCGCCAAGUUCAGGUGAGCUGUGGGGGCAUCACUUGAUGCCCCAGCAAGUCCUGGUGGAUUGUCUUCUACCCAACGGCAUCCUCGUUCAGCUUUAUGUGAACCGUGAUGCCACACUUGAGUCUAUCAAGGCAAAUGUGUGGCUUGAGGCAAAGAAAUUCCCUCUUUCUCAUUUAUUGUUAGACUCAGCAUCGUAUAUUUUUGUCAGUAUUACACAAGAUGCAGAGAAGGAGGAGUUUUACGAUGAGACACGUCGUUUGUGUGACCUACGACUUUUUUUACCUGUUCUCAAGGUUGUUGAACCAAAAGGAAACCGUGAAGAGAAAAUGCUGAAUUAUGAAAUUGGUAUGACGAUUGGAAUACCUACAAAUGACUUUAAUGAAAUGAAAGAUCUAGAAAUUGUGACGUUUCGUAGAAACAUAUUGGAUGUGUGUAAGGAGAGUGUGGACCUUCGAGAGUCAGCGGGGAAGGAGAGUCUGGCUAUGUAUGCCUACCCUCCCAAUGUGGAAUCCACAUCCAAUCUUCCAAAACACCUGCAGGAUAAACUCUCUUCAUACGAUAAUUUCAUAGUGGUGUGCAUAUGGGUGGUAGCUGACGAUGGGAACAGGACAAAGUUCAGUGUGAAAGUAUCCCACAAGGCCACGCCUAUAACAGUGAUAGCAGAGACAAUAAGACGUCGUAGUCGUAUGAUGGGAAUCACAAAGGAACACGCUGAGAGGUGUAUUGAUGUCUACAGUACAGCAUACGCUCUCAAAGUGUGUGGAUCUGACCAGUUCUUAUUACAAGAGUUCCCAAUCAGUCAGUAUAAGUAUGUUCGAGAGUGUAUUGGAAUUGAUAAAAUACCACAGUUUAUGUUGCUGACGCGGGAAGGAAUAUAUGCAGCUCUUCCAGAUAAUUACUUCACAAUGCCAUCAUAUGCUCAGAGGGGUCUGCAGGCAUUGCUGGACAUCAACAACAAACAGACAAUCAGUCUUUGGGAGAUCCAGGCCAAUCUCCGCAUCAGGAUUUUAUGUGCCACUUACGUCAAUGUUAAGGAGUCAUGCAAGAUAUUUGUACGAGCCGGUGUGUUUCAUGGUACAGAAGCAUUGUGUGAACCUCAGGACACAAAGCUUGUGGAGUCCAAUAACCCUCGCUGGAAUGAAUGGCUUGAGUUUCUGUACAUUCCAGACAUUCCUCGCUCAGCUCGACUCUGUCUCUCCAUCUGCUGUGUCUCUAAACGCAAAAAUAGGAAGGUGAUCAGUUAUCCAUUGGCAUGGGGUAACCUACAGAUGUUUGACUUUAAUGAUCGUCUGUUGAAUGAGAAAGUCAGCCUCAACCUCUGGGCCAUGCCACAGGGGAUGGAUGAUACACUUAACCCCAUUGGUAUUCCCGGCUCCAACCCUGACAAGGAGACGCCCUGUAUAGAGAUAGAGUUUGACAAGUUCAGCUACCCAGUGUCCUACCCACCUGAGUCUCACUUUGAGGAGCUUGCACACAUGGCUUUAUCACGAGAGAGAAGGUCACAAUAUCUGGAAACCACACAGAGCAGAAAAAAGGAAGAGGAACUGGUAAAUGACAUCAUCAAGCGUGAUCCUCUCUCAGAAAUAUACGACCAAGAGAAAGAAAUCUUAUGGAAAAGGAGAGAGUACUGUUUACAACACCCACACUCUCUCCCCAAACUGGUGUCGGCCACCAAGUGGAAUGACAGAGAACAGGUUGCCCAGCUGUACAUGCUUCUGAAGAAAUGGCCACAGCUGAAGCCAGAGGUAGCACUGGAGCUUCUCGACUGUUCUUUCCCCGACCAACAACUGCGAAGAUUCGCUGUCACUUGUUUUGAAAUGGGUCUCACAGAUGACAAACUACAACAAUUUCUUUUACAGCUUGUACAGGCAUUGAAGUUUGAACCCUACCUAGACAGUCCUAUAGCUAGGUUCCUAUUGAAGAAAUCUCUCCUGAACCAGCGUAUAGGGCAAUACUUCUUCUGGCUGCUCAAGUCAGAAAUGCACCACACCAACAUUAGACUUAGGUUCGGAUUAAUACUGGAGGCAUUUUGUCGUGGUUGCGGCCCUUACCUGCGCAUGUUAUCACGUCAAGUGGAGGCUCUAGACAAACUAACCAAACUCACAGACAUGUUGAAAAGUGACGUGCGUGAGGACGAUCACCUGCGUGUCCUCCAGGAACAUCUACGACAGCCAGACUACCAAGAGGCUCUCACCAACUUUAUGUCUCCCCUCAACAACAGUCAUCGGCUGGGCGACAUCAACCUGGAUGACUGUCGCGUGAUGAAAUCUAAAAAACGUCCGCUGUGGAUUGUGUGGACCAACCCUGACUCACUGGCUGAUGUGUGGUUCCCUAAUUACAAAAUCAUCUUUAAGCAUGGCGACGAUCUUAGACAGGACAUGCUGACUCUACAGUUAUUGGGUGUGAUGGAUGUGUUAUGGAAAGAUGCAGGCUUAGAUCUGCGGUUGAUUCCAUAUGGCUGUGUAUCGACGGGGAAGGACGUGGGUGUCAUACAGGUUGUCAGACAGGCUGAGACUCUGAUGGAGAUCCAGGGUAAAGGAGGUAUGAAAGGAGCUAUACAGAUUGACUCAAGUGCACUUCACAAGUGGAUCAGCAUGAAAAAUAAGGACAAAUAUGACCAGGCAAUAGACACCUUUACCAGAUCCUGUGCUGGCUACUGUGUUGCCACCUUCAUACUUGGAAUCGGUGACCGUCACUCCGAGAAUAUCAUGGUUACAGAAGAAGGACAGGUAUUUCAUAUUGACUUUGGACAUUUUCUCAACCAUAAGAAAAAGAAGUUUGGAAUCAACAGAGAAAGAGUGCCCUUUGUUUUGACAGAAGAUUUCAUGCGUGUUAUAACCAGGGAUUCUGACAAAGCCCAGAAACAGCAAAGUUUUAAAAAGUUUGCCCAGAUGUGUGUCGAAGCUUACCUCGUGCUACGGGAGAAUGCACAUCUUCUCAUCAAUCUAUUUACGAUGAUGCUCUCCUGUGGUAUACCAGAACUUCAAUCUCUUGACGACAUCAGCUACCUCCGUAAAACUCUGGCUGUUGAAAAAUCUGAACGAGACGCAGUGGAAUAUUUCUCAGAACAAUUUAACAUUGCUGUUGGUGAACAGUGGAAACAGAAAGUGGAUUGGUUUUUCCACAAUGUCAAGAACAUGUGA